AGAUAAGCUUUCAAAGAAGUUGGAUAUUCCAGUUACGAAACCAUUGGUCCAAGAAUUAUUAAAUGGAAUUGAUAAGCGAUUUGAUUCAGUACUAAAUGACAAAAAGAUCAUUGCUGCUGCAAUUCUUCACCCCAAAUUUAAAGAAAGCUGGUCUACUGAUUGUGAUGUUAUUGAAAGAGGUAACAAAUACAAUACAACUUGAAUAUGAAGUGAAUUAGUAAGGAUUCCCAUUAUAGACAGCAUGGAUUUAUUUAAACUUGUGGGAUUUGUUUAUAAAUUUUAGGCAUUUCCUUCAUAAAUGAAAAAUUAGAGGGUUUGGUAGAACCAGUAGUUGAUGAACCUGGACAGUCCUCUUCAGAGGAUCAAGAUAUGAGACAGAUUUCUUCCAAGCUAAGAACAGGAGAUCAA